GCAUGGCCAAAUUGUUGAAGCCGUCUGACGUCAACAUUUGUUGGAUCUUUAAGAGCAACAGAGCUGAAGAUAAGGGCAUGCCAAGCUCCUUGUCAUUCAAAUCUUAUCAAACCAGUUUGCCUGGUCAUGUGCUCUCUGUGUGUGUGUGUGUGUGGGGAGAGGGAGUGUGCACACAGCAGCAGAAACAGGAGAGAGGUUCUAGUAUAAGGCGCUGCUUUGGAUUAUUUUUGUUGAUGAGAUUUAGAGAAGAUGCUCGGGUUCCUGAAGGAAAAAAAGAUGAACUUUUCAUUGCUGCAGAGUCAGGGUUAGGCUGAUGGACUAUCCAGCCCCCGAGGGGCUGCUGUCGAUCGCUGGAGAUCUGAGAAUGCCGUUCACGGACACCGUCAAGUACUGCAUCCUGGGCAUCUCGGUCGCUAUUCUUCUGCUGGCGCUCGGCAUCUUGAUAUGGCAGGUCAUCAGGUGCUGCACGGAGAGGCACACUGUAGUCCCCCGCCAUGGUGCUGUGGUCAGUGAUCCCCUGUACUCAGUUGAAAAGUCAACAGUUGAAAACUACUCAGGAGGUCCAAGUAUGAGGAUGGAGAACGUCAGCACAGAGGUCCGCAGGCUGAGUAGCUGUCUUUCCCAGGCCUCGUUUCGCUCCUCGAGAUCCAGUCAGGCGGAUGGAGGCCCGGGGGAGCAGGCCAACAUUAAAAGGGUCGAUGGAUCGCUACGUUUUUCCAUCUAUUAUGACCAACCGCAAUCCCAGCUGGUGGUCACCGUCCUGCAGGUGGAGGGGCUACUGGAGCCCGGCCAGACGUGCAGCCUCCAGCCAUUUGUUAAGCUGAGAGUCAUGGGGGCAAGUUUCGAGGGAGUAGAAGUGGACCACCGCACGGGCGAGGAGGGCAUCUUGUGGACGGUGCUGCAGGAGUGGCGGACUCGGGUCGUGAAAGGCAGUUGUAACCCUUUAUUUGGAGACCAGUUCAGCUGCAUUUUGCAAGAGGGCAAGGAGCUUCAUCACAUCAACCUCAGGAUGGAGGUGAGACACUUUGAUAAAUUCUCCAGACACACAGCGUUGGGAGAGGUGAGGGUUCCUCUGGGGCAGCUGAACAUCUCCUACCCUCUGGAGCUCCAAGAAGAUCUGAAGACACCCCAGAAGGAUCUGGUGGGAGAGGUGCUCCUGUCUUUAAAGUUUCUUCCCACCUCUCAGAGGCUUGAGGUUGGACUGCUUAAGGUCAGAACAGUCCUCACAGAAAUGGGCUCAGACACAGCUCUGUAUGCCAGGAUCAGUGUGCAACGCAACCGGUGCAAGUUGAGGUACCAAAAGACCUCCGCCGUGGCCUGCUCUCUGGUCACUGUCUUCAACGAGGUCCUCAUGUUUUCCCUGCCGGAGUUUCCUCUGGAGCAGUGUAAAAUAGCAGUUUCUGUUUAUGAGACUUGCGCAGCUAGGAAAUCACCCAAACGCCUGAUUGGACAGUUGACUUUGGGGAAGGGGAAAAGUUCAGAAGAUGAGCAUUGGAGCUCAAUGAUGUGCUCAGUACGCCAGCCGAUAGCGAAGUGGCAUGGCCUGCUGAUCUGAUUUGCAUCUUGUAAACACUCUCCUGCACUUCCUGGCUGUCCGCACCUGCUCCUGUUUGACUGAAAGCUGUCGCUCUUGUGUGUGUCGGCUGAGGGAUCUGCAGCUGCUUCGCUGAGGGCCUAACAUGGACCCCUCUUCAUCCUGACAGACCUUUCUGUUCCAAUCAGGACAGGUCAGCAGCGGAGGGACUGCCCAAAGAGCUUUAAAUAGCUGACAUUUGCACUCCUUAUACUGUGCGGUCUGUGUAACUGUUACAUUGUGUGCUUCUUUUGAAAUCCCUUCAUGCUGCAUUAAUAAAUCUCUAUAUUGCAGCUCUGAACAUAGUCAAUAUGUAGUUAUUCACUGUUAAUAAGAGGGUUAAAUACUGGCUUAUCUGUAAGGGAAAGUAUAAAAUAUCUAGUUUCAAUUUACAAUCUCACCAAGGAUCAGUAGACUCACUGUUGAUUAAAACAAAACACAACUCAUUAUUUAUUGACAUAGUGAGUCAUGUUAAGCAGUCAGACAUAAAUACCUUGUGUUAGUGUUAGGCCGAAGGGUAUUUUGGCCUUUAGAGACUCCACCAGGUGCACCACAGUGAUUUCCUUUCCUGGACUUUCGGCCUUGGCCUCGAUCUGUUGGUUUCACAUUUUAGUUUGUACUCAAUUCUAAGUACACACGUUUUAGCAUCAAAAUAUAAUUAAAGCACCCAAAGGUAAAAGUACUCAUCAUGCAAAGUUGUCCAUUUUGAAUUGUUGUAUAUUAUAUUGUAUUAUAAUUAUUGAUGCAUUACUUCAAUUUAGUUUAU